GUGACUAGAGAACACAGAAAAUCAAACUAUGUGGAAUUUGUAUACCGGUUUCUCGAUACCUGCAUAAAUGGGCACGGAGCUUCAAGUUAAAAGGAUGCAGCUCUCCUAAUACGUCAUAGCGCUGCGUUGGUGGAUCGUCAUCGGACGAGGGAGGGAGAAAGACAGAUAGAGAGAAAGAGAGAAAGAUAGAUAGAGAGAAAGAGAGAAAGAGAGAAAGAAAGAAGUGGGAGAAAGAGUAGAGAGCGUUUCGAAAGCACUUGUCAACGAGAUACGUCUUGUCAGGAAUAAUGCCGCAGUGAGCCGCCAGUUUUCGUCUUACAACCGUCUAUACCGCGUACACUACCAACCGCAACUUUGCCUAUCGCAAAAACGAUAACGUGGUCCUUUAAACACGCUCGCUGACUGCACGCUUAUCACAUUACUCUUGUUUCUUAUCGCUACACGCGGCGUUACAUUACGCUCGCGGUGGUCAGUAGCGUACGCAUCGUACAGCGUCAUCGAAAAUCUGAGAAUUUCGAUAUCCGUCCUGUCUGAUUCCGUCCGAUGCGGAGAUCGACUCGAAGAUCCUGGUGUUUACAAGAUGUCACGAAGCAACGUGCUCAAACUACGCGACGGACAGUAGAUGCUGCCGAACGAACAUCGUUCUAAGGACAAAGCGGUUAUUCACCUCGACAAUCAAGCAGAAGUCACCUGUUGUUUUGUUGCCUCUUCGUUUAGCAUAGGUUCGAAUUUGACAAUACACUGUCGCUAAUCUCCAGCUGUUGAAUAUGUCACACUGCAGUAAGAAUACUGACCAGAAGACUGCGGUGAUUGAUCAUGAAAGGCAGUUUCAGGAAGACUUAGAGCGAGCUCAGGCACUCAGUUUGGAAAGUUUGGCUCUAGAGAAAUUCAGAUUGCAAAAGUUGCAAUCCAACGUGCAGCAAUUGUGCUUUGGACAAAAUGUGUGCAAUACAAAUAGUGCAGUAUCGGAGACAGAUGGAUGUUUGCAGGGAGAGAGAUCUCAAUGCAGAAGUCGACCAAGACCUGGAUCUUUCAACACAAAUCAAAAGAAUACUGUAAUAUUGGCACCACCACCCCCAAUACCAUGUAGAAGAAAUUCAACGACUACUGCAGCCAGUCAAGAUUCUUCCACUGACUUGAUCAACUUUACAAGUCCUGUGAAGCAGGACAAUCUAGCCGAAUAUUGCUCGACACCACCUCCACCACCACCAAAAGCACCAGUUGAGCCUAAAUGGGAUACUCAUCCAUCUUUAUUAAAGAGACAAUCAAGAGUAUCACGAAGUAAUAGCUCAGUUGGCGCAUAUCAUUCCAGAGAUUUCAGAUAUCAUUCUCUUUCUCCAGGCCCGCGAUCUUCCACGGCACCAUGUACACCAGGAACUCCAGGAAUUAGUCCAAUCAUGUCAAGAGCUAGUAGCGUUAGCAACAAUGUACCUGAUAUUGCACCACAGCCCGCAUGGAAAUCUAUUACAUUUAAACAUUUUUUCUUCAGACAGAUUCCUCCAUUGCCUAUGAAUUAUAGACCAACUGUUGCGCCUGCCAUAUGUGCACCGUCAAUAUCAGCAUUCUGUAUGGACGACGAACAGUUGAACGUACUGAAAGUGAUAGAGAAAAAACCAAAUAGCAAUCUUAUAGAUUUGAGUAGUUUUGAGCAAACGGAAGACAAGACGAAUGUACGAGUUAGCGUACUGGAAGCGUUUGAUCCAUUACUCAUAAAGACUGACAAUAGAAGUGAUUCUAUGCAAAACCAUAAAGACGAUUCGCAAUCGCAAGUUAGUGGCACUGUAUACGAUCCGUUCGAUCCAUUUGAUUACAUGUAUAGCACAAACGAAAGCGCCAAUUCAGAUCCAGUUUAUGCUGCUGUAGAGAAAUCCGCGAAAUCGCCGGCUAUAUCGCCAGCUGCACCACCACCAUUACCUCCUCGGAAUUCGUCUGCAUGGAAUACUAUAGAGAGACGAAAAACUUCUUUAGAUCGUCGACAAAAACGUCAAACACGUUUGUAUGAGAAUGUAACGGUCAUAAAGACCAGAUCAUCUCUUCAUGAUUGUGACUUAAAGGCGUUCCACAAAAUGAUCAAGUCUGUACGAGGCGAGUUCCCGUUUAAUAAUCCCACUACAAAUAUUGGAUACGUUGUGAGUCCAAUGAUGGAGAACUUAUAUCCAGAUGGUACAAGUAUAAAAUUGGUAGUUCAUCCACAAUUGGUUAGUAGCGAUAAAGAUCCAGUACCAUCUAUUUCUUUUACUUGUAAUGUGAAUUGUAGCGUCGAACACGUUAUCCUGAACGUCGCUUGUUCUUUGGAAGAUGAGGAUACAGUAAAUGUAGAAAAAUAUUGUUUAAGAGUGUGGGGAUUAGCUGAAUACCUUGCCCCUAAUACAACUUUAGCACAAUACGAAUAUAUACAUCAGUGUAUUAAAUUAGAAAAGGAUAUUGAAUUAGCUAUAAUGAGCAGGUCACAAAUUAAGCAAUCUAUUGCUCGAACGUUACAAGAUGAUAAUCGCGAUCAGUGUCUAAAGUUGGAAGAUAUUCUACCAAACGAACCUUCCCAACCUAUUUCAUACGAUACACUACUUAUUUUACUAGAAACAGUAGAGAAAGAGAUGGAACGCGUAGAGACCGCAGCCAUACAAUUGGCUACCACAAAUCAAGGUUCUAACUUACUACCUCAACUUCAACCACGUGGCGUCGUGCAAACGGUAAAAGCGGUGUGUGCCUUAAUGGGAAGCAUCGAGACGUUUGAGAUCACGGAGGCAGUUGACAAUUUCGUGAAUGCCUGUUGCCAGUUUCUGCCGCAAGCCCACACAGCUAAUAUAGACUGCAAGAAACCAGAGAUCUUACAUGAGGACGGUGAUUACGCUGUGGUUACUUUGAGAAAGAAAUUUCCCGACGUGAUCACCUCUCAUUGUCUUAAAAUCCGUGACGCCAUUCAAGAGCUCGUCGAAACUUACUGUCACGCGUUUAGGGUCGACUUUCAGUUAAACAGCAAAGGAGAAUUCCCGACAAAUACGCUAGUUUCGUCAGAAGUGAUCGACACUAUUUUAGUGCGUGUUGGAGCACUGCAUAGACUACCGAAUUCAUGGAAACACGACGACUACAUAGUGGCAGCUCAAAUCUUUCAUGGAACUAGGCCAGUAGGAAAUCCCGUUUUAUCGGAGCCAAUGACGGUCAGCUCAAACUUUUAUCCGAGAAUUUUAUUUAAUACGUGGUUGGAAUUUCGCGGUAUAAGUGUGUGUCAAGUGCCGAGAGAAGCCAGACUCGUACUAGUUCUUUACGGCCGCACUUUGCAACCUGCUGAGCAUGAGUCAAACUCCUCUGCGGAGAAUUCAAUGCAGAAAGAGGAACUUGGGUGGAGCGCUAUACAGUUCUUCGAUUACGACGGCGUUAUAAGCCAAGGAAGCUUUUUUCUAUCUCUUUGGCCAGCCAUUGCAGACAAAAGAUUAGGUCCGGCGCCGGCGCCUGGAAUUCAUCCGCAUGGCGACACUCACCCCAUCAUAGGAUUAGAAUUACCCGAUUACGGAGGAAAGGUAUUGUUCCCUACUGAAUUGAGAGAUCACGAUGUAGAAUCGCUCGAUUUCAAUUCGUUAGAUCAGAAUACACAAGAGCUACUGAUAGACAUCACGCAACAGGAUACGUUUUCGAGACCACCUAUUGACGAAAGAGAAAUUUUAUGGGAAAAAAGACACUAUCUACACAACAGACCCGAAGCUCUACCCAAAGUAUUAUUAGCUGCACAUAGUUGGGACUGGGCGUGCUUACCAGAUUUACACGCGUCACUCAGAGUUUGGAGUCCAUUACCUCCAGUGCAAGCCUUACAGUUACUUUUACCGUGUUUUCCAGAUAUGAAAGUCAGAGAAAUGGCAGUUGGAUGGAUUCGCGAGCUCAGCAACGAUGAAUUAGUCGAUUAUUUGCCGCAAUUGCUUCAAGCGAUGAAACACGAGACAUACGAGGCUUCACCCUUGACACGAUUUUUAUUAGAGCGUGCCUUACUUUCACCGCGAGUGGCUCACCAUAUUUACUGGCUGUUAACUCAAGCGCUACCGGGACAAAGUCCCCAGGUACAGAAUUCUGCUGAGAUUGCCGCGGAAGAUGACAAAGCUAUCAGUUAUGCUCGUUAUCACCGGAGAUUACAGUUAAUGUUAAGAGCAUUAUUGGCAGUUAUUGGAGAUGCACUGAGAAAUAGUUUCCUUACUCAACAAUUACUAGUUAAAAAUCUUCACGAAGUAGCUGAAAAUAUUAAAGUCACAAAGGAAUCGUUACGCAUAGAAACGCUUAAAACCGGUUUACAAAAUAUACACUGCCAGUUAAUGGAAGAUGAUGGCACAUGUUUGCCGUUGUCUCCCAGUAAAUUAGCAUUCGGCAUUAAUGUACCGACAUGUGCCUAUUUCCCGUCAUUCACUCUGCCAUUGAAAAUUAACUUCAUCGGUUGUGAUAAUGUAAUAAGUCCGGCAAUUUUCAAGGUUGGUGAUGAUUUACAGCAGGAUAUGUUGACUCUCCAAAUGGUUCGUAUUAUGGAUAAGUUAUGGUUAAAGGAGGGCCUUGAUUUGAAAAUGGUUACUUUUACCUGUGUACCAACUGGUCACAAGCGUGGAAUGAUAGAAAUGGUCACAAAUGCGGAAACAUUGCGAAAAAUUCAAGUUGAAUUUGGUCUGACCGGGUCAUUUAAGGACCGACCGAUCGCAGAAUGGUUGGCGAAGCACAAUCCCUCGGAAUUAGAGUAUGAGAGAGCAGUGGACAAUUUUACAGCGUCUUGCGCCGGUUAUAGUGUCGCCACUUAUAUUUUGGGGAUUUGUGAUAGACAUAAUGACAAUAUCAUGUUGAAAACGUCUGGACAUUUGUUUCAUAUUGACUUUGGAAAGUUCCUAGGCGACGCACAAAUGUUUGGAAACUUCAAAAGAGACAGAACACCGUUUGUGUUAACGUCAGAUAUGGCAUAUGUUAUAAAUGGAGGGGACAAGCCCUCCGCGAAAUUUCACCAUUUUGUAGAUUUGUGCUGCCAAGCUUUCAAUGUAGUUCGAAAACAUGGAAAUCUUAUUCUUCAUCUGUUUGGAUUGAUGACCUCAUCUGGUAUUCCUGGAGUAACUAUGGACGCAGUCAGCUACGUGCAGAAAGCUCUGCUUCCCGGGCAAACAAAUCCCGAAGCAGCGGCAACUUUUGCUCGAAUGAUAGAGAGCUCACUGAAGAGCUGGUUCACGCAGUUUAACUUCUUCUUGCAUAAUCUAGCGCAGCUCAGAUUCUCCGGAGAUCAUAGUGACGGAGAACUUUUGUCCUUCAUUCCACGCACAUACACAAUGCAACAAGAAGGUCAAUUAACAAGCGUUCAAGUUCACGGCUAUCAAAAACGUUAUGACCCCGAGAAAUAUUAUAUGUACAUUUUGCGGAUACAACGGAAAGGCCAAGCGGAUCCAACAUAUCUGUUCCGAUCGUACAAAGAGUUUUGUGAAUUUUAUCAGAAAUUGUGCAUACAUUUUCCACUUGCCAAGGUGGCCAGCUUACCGAGCGGAAUAAGCGUCGGGCGUUCCAACAUUAAGCAAGUAGCCGAUAAACGGCGGGCGGAUAUAGAAAAGUUUCUUGUCAGUCUAUUUAAAAUGGCACCAGAAAUAUCUCAAAGCGAUCUGGUGUACACUUUCUUUCACCCGCUACUACGAGAUCAACAGAACGCCGAUAUUCGCUUACGUAAAGUCAAAGUUGGAAACUGGUGGGCCGAGAAGAGAGUGAGAGACAAUAUACAAAACGGCCAGAUCAAAUUGUCGCUUCACUACGCUCGCGGCACUUUGUCCGUCAUGGUUUGCCACGCUCGAGGACUUCCUAAAGUAGCUAACGCUCAAGAACCGAACACAUACGUGAAGGUAUACCUUAAACCUGAUCCCCCGAAAGCGACAAAACGGAAAACAAAAGUGGUAAAGAAAAAUUGUCAUCCGUCAUUUAUGGAAAUGUUGGAGUACAGGAUGCCUCUAGAAGUGAUAAAGGAAAGAACGCUGGAAGCAACGAUAUGGAAUCAUGAUACCUUGCAGGAAAAUGAGUUUCUUGGUGGUAUAAGUUUACCACUCGGACACCUCGACUUGACAAAUGAGACUAUUGAAUGGUUCUCGUUAGGUAGCGUACGAUGAAGCGAGUAUAAAGACUGCCUUGAAAUCAAGUCUCUUAAUGCUCAUAGUGAUUAAAAAUAUCACAUCGGGAAGUAUAACAUUAUCGCACAAUAUUAAAGCUUCUUCAUUAUGCACAAGCAAGUGCAAUGAUCACUGCGCUUAUUUACGAUAUAAAAAUAGUCUUUAUUUAUACAACUUCGCGUCCGGCGAAGUCUUGCUUCUUUAAUAUAGUCAUUUCGCAGUUUAUGAAAUGAGACGAUAUAGGUGUUAAGAAUUAUGUGAUAUCCAAGAAAUAGCUAUAUAGCGGAGGAAGAAUCAACUUUUAGAAAAGUUGCUAAGAAACAUAAAGUAUAUACAUAUAAUAAUUAUUUAAAUAAAAAUAUAUCUACACUCGUUUGCACAAUUGUGACCAUUUGAUACGCUCAUAAUUUCAUCGGAAAAGCGUAUGCAAAUGAGUGCGCAUGUACAUGGUCUGUCGCAAAAGCAAUGAGACUUUCCUUUUCUAACAUAUUUUGAUAUCUUAUGUGACAACACUGGACAUCAAAACCACAAUUCUUAAAUCUUAGUAUCUUGCAAACAUAUCACUAGAUGUGAUACAAUUCAUUCAGUGUGCCUCGCGUAAUCGUAAACUAAACAAGAGUGUGUUUCGUGACUACAUCGCAAAAGUGGAACACAGAGAUAUCGAGCGAAAGCACACCAUCAAGUUUUGUUUCACGAAAGUAUGACGAAUACUUGCGAAAACAUGAAACUUAUUGAUCUAAACAUUAUCUCGAAUAAAAACUUCUCAAUAGCGUAAGAAUUAUUUGAGAAAGCCGAUCCUAAUUAAACUCUUUAAAUUUCUCUGUUUUAUUUUGGUGAUACAAUCGAUAAAUUCUUUUUAUGUUGUCAAGAUUUUCAGUUUUAAACCGGCCUACGAUUUUUCUUCCAACUACGAUAUACAACACUUAGAAAAGUCAGUCUAAUUACUUUGAUGACAGAUUGCGAUAUGUUGAAAUAUGCGGGACAAAUAGGUAAUAAAGAAACAACGAUUACAACGUUGCAGGAAUUUAAAAUUAUAACGUGUGUGUUUAUGUAUAUUUCUCCAAUUAUAUUUUUCGACGUGGAAUGUCUGAACAUAUGAAGAAUUCAUCAUGAAUCGAAUGAAUUUCCACACUGGAAGUUUACUCUUUUAAAGGGAUUUUAUACACUUAUUUAUUUAUAUCACUUUUUACUGACCAUAUAUAUCAAUCAAUUGUAAAUAGACCAAAUGUAUUUUAUAUGACACGCAGUUGUGGCAAUGAAAUAAUUUGUAAUCAAACUCUAAAUUCCAUUUUGAUGACAUUUUAUAGUCCGAACGAGAAUUUGCGAUUUCUUAUAAAUCUAGUUACAUGAAAAUCGAAUUAUAUAUGUAUGUACACAACAUACAACAUUUAGCAAAAUCAUGUUUUAUGAUUUUAUAGCAUUAUUUUAAUAUUAGAGGAAAAUAUUUACAUAAUUAUCUAAUGUAAUGGCCUCGUUUAUAACAAAUGGAUGUACUCUGUUAACAAAAUUAUAUGUAAAUAUGCUAUUAAAUUUAUGUAAUAAACUA